ACGUCUGAGACUCCGAGCUCCAUAAAGUACGGGUUUCCCUUUCUGCUUCUGGCUGUGUUCAUUUCCCCCGGGGACUCAUUUCCCCUCUGGAUUUACUGAAUUAAUUGGAAACUGCCUUACCGACUCUGGGUUUUCAUUUCCUUGACCAGGAAGCUCGCCUGAGCCGACAUGGAUCCAGCCAGACUUCUUCACUUCAGAAAAGCGGCUAUAUGAUUGGCAAGUCUCCGUGAAAAGGAAGAACAUGAUCUUGUACAUGAAUCCUUGAACCUUUGAGCUUUGGUUCCUUACUGGAGGUGGUGGGCAAGGAGCGGAAGGAGAGCGACAUGAAGUCAGAUGUGUUGCCCUCAGUAUUUAUUCUGCUGCUUUCUCUAAACACCUGGUUGAUUAAUGGUAAAUCGCCUCCUGGAAAGCCCAUGAUAAUAAACUGCCAGUCUUCAGGAAAUGAAACUUUUACUUGCUGGUGGAAGCCGGGCUCAGAUGGGGGUCUUCCUACAAGUUACACCCUACUGUACAAGACAGCCAGAGAAGAACACCCUUAUGAAUGUCCUGACUACAUAUCUGCUGGCCCAAAUUCCUGUUAUUUUGAUAAAAAGCCACUCAGUCUUUCAACAUCGUAUAAUAUCACAGUAAAGGCUACCAAUGACCUGGGAAGUAAUGUCUCUGAUCCUCAUUAUAUAGAUGCAGCAUCUGUAGGCAAGCCAGACUCUCCCACGGAUCUGUCUCUGGAAGUCAAGCAGUUGAAUGGGAUAACGUGUGUGUGGGCAAAAUGGUUGCCACCUCCAUUAGUCACCGGUGCAAUGAGCUUGCAAAAACGGAAUUAUGAAUUGCGGCUAAAGUCCGCAGGAGAAAAAGAAUGGGAGAUUCAUUUUGUUGGAGAACAAACACAAUAUAAAAUCUUUCAGUUACACCCGGGAGCGAAAUACACUGUUCAGGUUCGCUGUAUAACAAGCUAUGGUGAAAAGAGCGAAUGGAGCCCUGAGGCCUAUAUCCAGCUCCCCAAUGGCCAACCUCCUGGGAAGCCAGAGAUAAUAAGAUGUCGUUCUCCUGAAAAAGAAACCUUUACUUGCUGGUGGAAGCCAAGUUCUGAUGGAGGUCUCCCCACUAAUUACACUCUGUUUUAUAAAAAAGAAAGAGAGAAAUCCUACAAUGAAUGCCCAGAUUACAAAUCAGGAGGACCCAAUUCCUGUUAUUUUGAUCAGAAGCAUACUUCAAUUUGGACAAUAUAUAAUGUGACUGUAAAGGCAACAAAUGACCUGGGCAGCAACACCUCCGCACCUUACUAUGUGGAUGUGGCUUAUAUAGUUGAGCCGGACCCUCCAGUAAACCUGACUCUGGAAUGGGUGGAUCAGGCCUAUGCAAAAUAUCUCUUGCUGAACUGGGCUUCACCGCCACUGGCAGAUGUCAGAUCUGGUUGGCUGACACUCGAGUACGAGCUGCGCAUAAAGCCAGAAGAAGGACAGGAGUGGGAAAUUAUAUUUGUUGGGCUGGGAACCAAAUAUCAGUUGUUUAGUUUAAAUUCAGGCGUAAAGUACGUAGUGCAAGUUCGCUGCCGAACAGACAAUGGAGAAUGGAGCCAGUGGAGUUCUGAAAGUUACAUUCAACUCCCCAAAGAAUUCAGGCUGAAGGACAUAAUUGUUUGGAUCUUUGUGGCCUUUUUAUCAUUUAUUAUAUGUUUGAUCAUGAUCUGGACAAUGGCCUUGAAAGGAUUUAGCAUGGUUGCCUGUAUCUUGCCACCAGUUCCAGGACCAAAGAUACCCGGUUUUGACAUCCAUCUCUUAAAGGCAGGGAGAAUGGACGAAGUCAUAAGCACACUCGGUUGCCCGGUUUUCCCUCUGACGUCAGCCUCUGGUGACGAGUUGGAAAAAUGGCUGGUGAUAGACAAUGAAGACCAGCAACUGAUGCCAGAUCAUGAGAAGAGUCAUCCCAAUAAAAAUGCAAAGUUGGUACACCAAGAAACAGACAAUGACUCGGGGAGAGGAAGCUGCGAAAGCCCGUCCCUGUUGUUGGAGAAGUGCAAGGAAGCUGGAAAUCCACUCGUGGAACUGACAACAUCCAAUACCAAUGAACAGAAAGGAGGUGUCGCUAAGAAGUGCAUUGGGGAAGCUCUGAGCAUGGAUCUUGAAGGGCAGUUCCCCAUUUUGAGCAGUGGUGGUCCCAAGUCAUCCACAUGGCCUGGAUCUCAGCUAGCUAAUAGCCAGUUUCCCAAAUGUUCCUAUCAUGACAUUGCGGAUGCAUGCAAAAUAGCCAGUGUCAGGUCGCCCAUUUGGAUGGGGAACAUAGUACAAUGUCAUUCAAAAUGUCCUAAAACCAUCAGUGAAGGAAAAAACACCAAGUUGCAGGAGGCAGAAAAAUUACCUUUAAAUGUUCUGUGCGACCAAAGGCCAUUGUGGCCCCUUCCGACAGAGAGCUUGCCUUUUUUGCCUACAAAGGCAAUGGAUUAUGUGGAAGUCCACAAAGUCAAUCAUGAUGGAGCUUUGGCUGUACUACCAAAACAGAAAAAAAAUCCUGACAAAACUGAAAUGUGUCCAGUCCCUAAAGAACCCAAGGAAUACACCAGGGUCUCCACAGUUGUUGCCAACCAUAUUCUAGUCUUAAUGCCUGAUUCCAAAGUGGAGGCCUUGCCUUCUUUUCAGGAACCACCGAAGGAACCCAACCGGAGCUGUCAGUCACAUUUAGCAGAGGAAAAUAUGAGCUAUUGUCUCCCGGCUCCCCAUGCUUGCAAAAUGCAGACUGGUGGGUUAGACUACAUGGAUCCAAACAAUUUUAUGUGCUCCUUUAAUUAAUUGGAAGGUGGAGUAGCCUUCUUCAGGUAACAACACUACAAAUAAAAUACUCUUGUUGACACACAAUUGCUCAGAUAUCUGAAUUUAGCUCAGUUGUAGCUCUCACACCUUGUAUGCUUUAUAUUCAGUCAGUUAGAGCCAUGCUGAUAGCUGAUUGCAGAUCAAAUUAUUAUUAUUUUUUUAGCUGUGAUUUUGUAGAGGGUUUUUUUUUGUGGGGGAAGAGUAACUUUACAGCAAACCAAAAGCACACGGUAUAGUUUUCUAAAAGAAAAAAAAAACCUUUCUGAUAGAUUUAUUAUUAACAAGGAGUUGUACAUUGUGAACCCCAUAUAAAUUGUUGCUAGUUAGGAGGUGGGAGAUGGGUCUUAGAAAUGCCAACUCAAGGUUGAAAAAUUCCAGGAGAGUUGGGGGUGGAGCCUGGGGAGAGCAAGGUAUGGGAAUGGGAGGGUCCUUAGUAAGGUAUCGUGCCAUAGAAUCCCACCCCCCCAAACCAGCCAUUUUCUCCUGGGGAACUGAUCUCUGUCAUCAUCGGUUGUAAUUCCAGGAGAUCUCCAGGCCUAGGUGGAAGCUGGUAUUGCAACCACAUUGUAAUCAGAUUCUGGAACUAACGUGGUUUUGGCAAGUGUAUCACAAUGCAAAAGUUAAAUAUGUGAAAGUGGCCACUUCAAUGUGGACUACCAUACAUGCGCAACUAAACCAUCAUGCAGAGGGAGCUACUGGGAGCCGUAAAGCUGUGACGCAGAGGGGUAAGAUGCAGUACUGCAGCCCAAACUCUGCUCAUGAUCUGAGUUCGAGCCUGGCAGAAGGUGGGUUCAGGUAGCCAGCUCAAGGUUGACUCAGCCUUCCAUCCUUCCGAGGUCGGUAAAAUGAGUGCCCAGUUUCCUGGGGGUAAAGUGUAGAUGACUGGGGAAGGCAAUGGCAAACCACCCCGUAAAAAGUCUGCCAAAAAAACGUCGUUAUGCGACGUCCCCCCAUGGGUCAGUAAGGACUCGGUGCUUGCACAGGGGACUACCUUUACCUUUAGCAGGCAGGAACACAGACCUUCCUCCUCAGCUGAACAACAUCACAACCCCUGUAGCUCAACUUGUGACAGCUUUGCUGCACAUUGGCCAGGCAUGAACUACACAUCUCUGUUGCUGCUUCAAUCAAAUUAGCCAAAUAGAAUGUGCAAGAAACACUUGUCAGGAAAACACAGUGGCGAUGGAUUGCAUGAGUUCACCACUUCUUUGACAUGCCUCUGGUGGAAAAUGGCAAAUUUCUUUCCUGGUCUGCAGUGUAUUUUUAAAAACACUUUAAAAGCUAGUACAGCUUUUUUUUCUAUUAUAUUUUUUGGGGAGGGGGAAGAUUUCAUCAAAAAAGCCUAGUUUUAUGGAUGUUGAAAGAUUUGAGAUAUAUAUAGAUAUAGAUAUAUAAAGAUUAAUAUAUUGAGAGUAUUCCUUACCAGGAAGUAAAUCUUCUAUAUAUGUUUUCCUGUUUUCAUUACAGUGUGAUAAAUUUUUGCAUAUUCAUUUUGCUGUAUGGGUUCCUUCAACUACAAAUUUCAAACGAGUCUCAUUGGUAUCAGUGGGAUUGCUUAGAAGUAGGGUUGCCAGGCCCCCUCGAUCUCCCAGCGGGAGAUUGAGACCUGGCUCUUACCUGGAGGGGGGGGAGUGCACACGCUCCUGCAAGCGUGAUGACAUCACUGCUGGGAAGUGACGUCACCACACAGCCUGUUGGGGCAUGGAUCGGGCCCAUUGUGGGCCCCUGUGGAGCACAGGAGCGUUCCUGCGCUCCGCAGGGGCCCACAACGGGCCCAAUCCGUGCCCA